AAGGACUUCUUUUUUAUUUCCCAACAUUUUCCAUUGCUUGCCCCAUCUAUCCAUUCAUCUCCCUUUUCCUUCCUCACUCUCCCAAACCUAAACUUUCUGAAAAGGGCUUAUGUCUUUCUCAUGAAAUUAACAGGGAUUCAAGCUUCUAGAUAAUGAAUAUGGCUCAAUUAACUGAACCAGUUGUCUAUUCUUGGAAUGGAAGUGGGGAUGACUAUGAAGAUGAUGACACUGUUAUGGCCUUGCUCAAUAAUCUUAAUUUCUCCCCGGAGUGUUUGGAAGGAGAUGGUUUCGGCGAAGAUUUUGAUGCCACUAUGUUGGGACCUAUACCUUCUGACGUUGCCUUAACCGGGCUCGCUCCGUUCCCCCAUAACAAUAUCACAGACGACUCUUUGAAUGCACCAUUCAAGCUGAAGGCUUGUGCUCAAACUCAGCAACUAAAUGACGGAGAUGAAAAGUCCGCUAAGCCCUUUCUUGGUCGGGAUAAACAUUGUGAGGUUGUGAUGUACCAAACACAGAGCCCAGACUCUGUCCUUGAGAGUAACAGUGCCACCUCCUUCUGCUCGAUCCGGAAGGAGGGCGGGCCCAUCAAACCUGGAUUAACUGUUCCUGUCCGAGCCCGGUCCAAGCGUGUACGAUCCUCAACCGCCAAUCCAUGGCUUCUAAUACCUCCUCUGCAAACUUCAUCUUUCAAAAAGAAAGCAAAGAGGAAGUUUUCCCGGAAGCCCAAUGGGCCUGCUAAUGAUGCACCAUGGGAUGGGGUGUUUAAGAAAUGCACACAUUGUGAGGUUACGAAGACACCACAAUGGAGGGAGGGUCCACUUGGCCCGAAGACACUGUGCAAUGCAUGUGGGGUCCGGUAUCGUUCCAGGCGGCUCUUCCCAGAAUAUCGACCAGCAGCCAGUCCAACGUUCAUUCCUUCUCUCCAUUCCAAUUCGCACAGGAAGGUGAUAGAGAUGAGAAGGAAAGUUGAAGAAAGGGAGACUGUUCAGGACCCUCCCAUGUCACCAAUACCCGAAUUCGUCCCCAAGAGUAGCUACCUGUUUGAUUAGUUGCAUAUACUGAGAGAGAUAUUCAGGUUUAGGAAUUAAUUAAUGUUUCGUUCAUUUUGAACAUUUUUUAUUUAUGUUUUUCCUGCUAAAGAAAAGAGGAUGGUCCUCAGCUGUAUUAGAUUUAUUAGAGGAAUUAAAGCUUAGGUUUAGAUUUGUUAGUGAUUAUUGAAUUAUUUUGGUACAAUUAUUGACCUCUAUGAAAGUUAUGAAUGUGUAUCGCACAUUCGCACUAUUGAUUAAAAAACACCAACCUUGAC